AUGCUCAUUGAGCGAAUAGCCAACACUACUGCCGAACAGAAUAUUGUGAACAAACUACUUUCGGUGGACUUUUACCGCAACUGGACUGAGUAUCGGAACGGAUUUGAAAGUAUCGAUGAUGAAUUCUGGGUCGGGCUGGAGUUUCUGCAUCACGUGACGUCAGCACGAAAGCACGAGUUGCUGGUGGAGCUGAAAGACUUCGAUGGAAACUACAUAUACGCACGGUAUGAUGAGUUUGCGAUCGGGAGUGAGGAGGAACAAUAUCCUUUAUCGAUGCUGGGAUCGUACACAGGAACUGCUGGAGACUCAUUAAUAGCCCACAAGGGCAUGAAGUUCUCGACAAAGGAUCGGGACAACGAUAUCAGUGAUGAAAGCUGUGCUCAGCGGUAUCAGGAUGCAUGGUGCAUGACCUAA